AAGGUAAGCUAGAGAUUUUAUUAGUUUAAAAGAUAAUAAUGUGGUCUUUGUAAUGGAACCCAUUAGGCCACCACAAUAGAAGGGCAUGGCAAAGGAAAACAUGCAAUGAUACACCAUGUCUUCAUCUAUUUGAUAUGACUGUAUUUCUGAUAUGGAAAAAGAAGAGGGUCAGCAGAGCCACAAGGGGCAGGAUUACAUAUUUGUGAGGGCUUUUGUGCCCUUUGUGGCUAGUGUUUUGAUCAAGGCAUAUAAGGAUUCAGAUGAUAGUAGUAAUGAUGUGGAAGUGAUAUUGGGGGGCAUGACUGCCCUGAAUGAUGAGAUUGCCUGGUUCAAGAAAGAAGCAACUAAGUGGAAUGUUCAGCUCUCUGAAAUUGUUCCUCAAAAGACAAAUCAAGAAUACUGCAGAUAUUCUAUUGGGGUCUUGUUUUUGUGCUGCCUUUUGUUGGUUUACUCAUAUCAGGGAGUGUCAACAGUUGGAGGUUGUAGAUACAGGCAAGCAAUUCCAAUAGGCCGUAAAGGAAGACUAGACAUAGAAAUAGAUACUAACUUUGGGAUUCAAAAAGGAUUCCUUCCACGGGUAUGAAAUUGUCUUGUAAUCUUGAUUUGGUUAUUGCAAAUUGCAGCAACUUCUUUCCAAUUGAUUGUGCACGUACUAGGCUUGGCACUUAUGUAAUACAAUGCUCAAUUAAUGGCCAAUGACAAUUCAAAGGGCUUUUGGAUGUCACCAUUGUUUCUGGGGUGUGUGUCUAUCUUUUUGAGUCUUUGACACAGUUUGAUGGUGAAUGAUUUUGUUUAUUUUUUGACUUAUAAAGUGUAAUAGUUUAU